AGCCAGCGUUUCUCAAAGGAGAACUUUCCACAAACUGACGCUUCUUCGGCCGCGAAAGUUCUAAAUAUGGGCCUAUGAUCCGAGCCCAUCAUGUCCAAAUACUCCAUGUGGACACGUGGAAAUAUGCGAAACCACUCAUCGUUCCCAAAGCUUCUAUCGAGGCGGCUAAGGGUAGCCUAGCUUCUUCUGUCAUUAAUGAAUCUCUCCUCUUCUUCCUUGUAGCUAUUCAGCAAGUGUUGCUAGUUGAGCGAUUACCCUCGUUAGCUCUCUUUGCUGUCUAGUUUCUUGACAUUCCGAACUAGAACUUCUUAUUUGAUCUACAACAGCAGAAUCACAGCUAUAAUCAACAGAUAGAAAGAAAUAGAUGUCCGGGUUAUUAAGGAUGGAUAGGGUAUGGACAGCCGUAGAACUCGCGAAGCAUGCAUUAGAAGCAGAUCCUACUAGGGUAUCCAAACUCGGAAGAUGUUAUGAGACUGAGCCGGCUACCGUACUUCGUGCUGGAACAGGGGUUCCUCCUAACAAUGGAUCCACCACAGUAGGGGUUAUAUCACAACUUAUUCCCAUCCGGACAAAGAAAAGGAAUAGUAGUGAAAUGACAGGAACAGGAACGACAGCUUUCAUUGCUACGGCUAUUGGCUUUAGCUCUACUAUGGCAUUCCCUGUAGUUCUUGGAGUAACUCAAACUCGAACUCCUGUUCCAUCAAGUGAUUUUAGGCAAACUGAUUCUAGGGCUCACGAUAAGAUAUACAUUUUUUUCCUUUCCUUAGAGGGCCACUUUCUUAAUUCCAUUUUUCUGCUAUUCCCAUUGAAGCAGUAGUUGAAGUAGUGGCAUUCAAAAUAGAAAUCUAUGUCAAAG